GAGAGUUACGGUAAUGGACCAAUAUAUGCGAAGGUGAUCCCGAUCACUUUGCUUUCACUACGUAGGCAAGGCCACCGCAGGAAGAACAUUCUGCUUUCUCGAUGUUACUUUGGGCUCGGCUUCGCGCCCCUGGAAAGUUUAAUGCUGCUUUUUUGUAUGAAAUGUCUUUUUCCAACAAAAGUUUACCUACUCAAAGGCCAUCUCGAAGAGCCUGCAUCGAUCAAGAGUUUGGGACUGGACGAGUGGUUAGCGCGGAGACGAAUCCCACAAGAGUCGGUGUCAAAGGUUUCCGAUACUGUAAUGCGUACGGUAGCAUCGAUGCCAAUAGCAGCGAUGAUCGGUCCAAAAAUCCUCUGCAUUCCCGGUGGACCAGGUCCAGUCAUUCGUGAACAUGGUCUGGCAGCCUUGAAGGCAUGUUCCAGAGUGUCGAUGAGCCAAGUGGACAGAUCUAUCUGCAUGGAAGCCGCAUGGUCAGUUAUGAAAUUGGAAGCCAAUCCAGUGACCACUGACGACGGAAUACCGACAUUCACCGAAUCGCAGUGCUCGGCAUUUUGCAAAGCAAACGGAUUAGCUGUGAUUGUGCGAGGGCGGCAGUUGGUCGACGAAGGGUUCCUGAAUUAUCCAAAAGAAGUGGUGACCAUCGUCUCGGCCGUCGCCUACCUGGACAACUUCAGAAACUAUGCUGCGGCUAUGACCAUACAAGGAAUGAAUGCAUCCAUCAUUCGCUAUAAAAUGGAUGAAGGUGAGCCGAAAUCACUGGACAUCGUCAAACCGGGUAUUGGACGGAACGCUACAGCGUUACCG